CCCCCUAAAAAAGCAAAAUUGCGAGGAGAGGAAAAUGAACGGUCUUUCUCGUCAUCUUCGAGCUUCUUCACUUCCUUCGCUGAUCCGCGGCUAUGGUGGAAUCUAUAAGAUCUGUCGAUUUUCUUCUCAAUCAGAUGGCUUCUCUGGUGGGCGAUUCAGAGAGCAAGGACCAGUUCCUGGAGACUCUGAGAACAAGUCAGGCUUACCGGAUCCUAAUGCUUCGUCCACCAAAAGUUUCAGUGAAAUAAGAGCAGGCUUACUAAACACCGGAGGAAACAGCUCCUCCACCUUCAGUAGUUUCAGUGAAUUGAGAUCAGGCUUGUUAAACAAAGCAGGAAACAGUGCUUACUCUCCUAAUGCUCCUCCUACCUUCAAAAAUCCCUUGAGAUCACGCUUACCAAACACCUUACCUUCUCAAUCCGAAGGCUUACCAAGCACUGGAGGAAGCUCUGGAUUCUCUGCACCCACCUACCAAAGCUUCACUCAGUCUAACCUUCUCAAGGAUAACUUCCGGACCGGAGGGAUUUCCAAAGACCUGGAUUUUGUCAGAGGAGUAAUCGAAGAGGAUGAAGGACGUAGAGCCACAGGGCUCUUCUCUCACUUCCAUCGCCCAAACCUCGAGACCAACGCUGACAUCAUUCACAUCAAGCUGCUGCGUAACAACACCUUUGUCACGGUUACGGACUCCAAAGGGAACGUCAAAUGCAAGGCUACCUCUGGUAGUGUGCCUGAUCUGAAAGGUGGACGGAAGAUGACUAGUUACACAGCUGAUGCAACUGCUGAGAACAUUGGGAGGAGAGUUAAGGCUAUGGGUCUGAAAUCUGUGGUGGUUAAGGUGAAUGGGUUUACACAUUUCAAGAAGAAGAGAAACGCUAUUGUGGCGUUUAGAAGCGGUUACUCCAAUUCCAGGAACGAUCAGAAUCCUAUAGUGUACAUCGAGGACACGACUAGGAAAGCUCAUAAUGGUUGCAGGUUACCAAGGAAACGUCGUGUGUGAGGAAAAGAAAGAAAAAGGAAACGUGUUUGCAGAUUUGCUUUUGUUGUUCUUUUAGACAAACCAUUUCUUUUGCAAAUUGUCUCUUUAUUACUUUCUAGUCCUGAUGAAAAUCGGGUUUGAAUCAAAUCGAUUGUUUAAUAAACCGGGAAUUUGGUAACCGGAUCUGCAUUUUUCUG